AUGGCAGCGUACGAAGUAAUUGACGCUUUCGUGAGUGAUGGACUCUUAAACCAAAGAAUUGCACUUUCUGUUCCACUUUCAUAUUCCAAGACUUCUGGAGAGAAGAUCACUAUUGUCGCUAACAUUAACCAGAAGUACGACAAUAAGCUCCAUCAGGACAUCCAGAAGGUUGCUUUUCCCAAAGAUGCAAAGCCAUUGGCCUAUAUCCAGGGAGGCCCAGGGUUCCCAUGUGCUGUUCCAUUGACAAAUAGUGGCCUCACAAAGAUCUUAACUGAUAAUGGCUACCAGGUGAUCUACUAUGAUCAAAGAGGGACUGGAUUGAGUACUCCGAUCGAGACAAAGCUCUUGGAGUCUAAAGGCUCUCCGGAAGCCAUUGUGGAGUAUUUGACUCAUUUUAGAGCUGAUUCCAUUGUGGAAGACUUGGAACACUUGAGAGAGACGCUUUUUGGAAAGUCCAAAUGGCUGAUCAUGGGCCAGUCGUUUGGUGGGUUCUGUUGCUUCACGUACCUUUCUUUCCAUGCUGAUAGUUUGGAGUCUGUCUUCGUAACAGGAGGUGUUCCACCGGUUGGGUUCACUGCCGAUGACGUUUAUACUCAGACCUAUAAACGCACUGCUGAAAGAAACUUCCAUUACUAUUCGAAGUAUCCUGGGGAUAAGGACCGUGUGAAGAAAAUUUUGCAAUACUUGAAUGCAAACAAGGUUUUGUUACCUGAUGGAGGUGAAUUAUCUGUUGAACGUUUCCAACAAUUGGGUCUUAAUUUUGGGGCUUCUGGAGGAACCGAUGCUAUUCAUCAGCUUGUGGUUAAGUUUGCCUGGGACUUGGAGACAUUUGGAGAACCAACAUACGCAGUUUUGAGUGAUGUACAACUGAAGCAUAGUUUCGAUACGAAUAUCUUGUAUGCCUUGUUCCAAGAAUGCAUCUAUGCUGAUAACAAAGGAAGUGCAACAAACUGGGCGGCAGAUAGGAUACGGUAUGCUGAAGGAAACGAGAAAUUCGUCUUCAGUGAAGACCUUUUGAAAUCUGAUGAUCCAGUCUACUUCACUGGCGAGAUGGUAUUCAAGUCGAUGUUCCACGACUACGCCCAGUUGCGUCCUUUGACAGAAGUAGCCCACGCUCUUCAUUCCUAUGAAGAUUGGACCGCUCUUUACGAUGAUACAAAAUUCUCUGCAAUUACUUGGGAUACAUUGCCUGUCGUUGCAGCUACCUAUUACUAUGAUCAGUAUGUUGAUUUUGAUCUUACCAUGAAGGUGAAGCUGAAACUUUUCAAAGAGAAUGGUAACUUACGGCAUCGUUGGUAG